GAAGACAAUGACGUGGGAAAAAACAGGUGCUUAUAAUUAUGCUCCGCUUUUUAAACAGAAAAAAUAUUAGGAAGAAAGCCAAAACCCUCGACGGAGAAACAGAUUUGCCAGCUAGAACUGCAACAAAUAAUUUUCCGGUUCAUGGUGGAUACAUCUGAAUGCGGAAUAUGUACCAUUUUAGUUCCUCAAAAUAUUCUCUAUUUCAACAGAUGGAUCUAUAUAUACCAACAGCAGUAAGAGUCCAAGCUCUCCUUCCUCAGUAAACUACCAGACAAGCUAUCUUUCAAUAAACAAUAAAUUUUUUUUUGGUUUUUGAAGCCCAACAAUUACAAUGAUUAAUGCCAGAGAUGAUUACAAAGCUCCUCUGUUGGUUAGAGACCCUGGAAAGGCAAUUUCAUCAGAGUCCACGAUGAAAGAAAAUUCAGGAAGUGAAGGAGAAAUCUUAUUAGACAUUGAUGACCAGCCCAGAUUUCUGUCAUCUAACGGACAUCACAAAUAUAGAGAUCGUGAUUAUAAACGAUCAAACGGUGAUGGAAUUGAAGAUGAUAGAAUCAAUCCAUUUUCUGCAUUGGGUGUUUCACCUGGCUGCGUUGGUACUGUUUGCUCAAUUGACCCGUUUCGAAAUCACACUCCCGAUAUUUAUGGAAUAUAUGAAUGGGUAAAGAUAGUUGUGCUUCUUCCACUUGUUGUGGUUAGACUGCUUGCUUUUGUGAUUGUGCUGUCGAUUGGGUUUGUGAUUACCAAAUCGGCACUUGCUGGGUGGAAUGAUAAACACAGACCGAUGCCCAAAUGGAGGUGUAGGUUAAUGUGGGCCACUCGGUUUACAGCUCGUUGCAUUCUCUUCUGUUGGGGUUUUCAUUGGAUUCGACGUAUAGGGAAGCCUGCUUCUAAGGCAAUUGCACCGAUAGUAGUAUCAAAUCAUGUAUCAUAUACAGAUCCAAUAUUCUUCUUUUAUGAGCUAUUCCCAAGCAUUGUCACAUCAGAGACACAUGACAAGAUUCCAUUCGUAGGGACAAUUAUCAGGGCUAUGCAGGUAAUAUAUGUGGAUAGAUUAUCACGAAAAUCACGGAAGCAUGCUGUAGCUGAAAUAAAGAGAAAGGCUUCAUGCAAUGAUUUUCCGCAAGUGAUGUUGUUUCCAGAAGGGACAACAACUAAUGGAAGGGCACUUAUUUCAUUUCAACUUGGAGCUUUUAUUCCUGGUUUUCCAGUCCAACCCGUUGUUGUUAGAUAUCCUCAUGUACAUUUUGAUCCAUCUUGGGGCAAAAUCUCUUUAUUGAAGCUCAUAUUUCGGAUGCUAACUCAAAUCCACAAUUUUAUGGAGGUGGAGUAUCUUCCAGUCAUUUUUCCAAUAGAAAGCAAAAUGGAAAAUCCUGCCUUUUUUGCAAAGAAGGUUGGUUACUCAAUGGCGAAGGUAAUAAAUGUUGUACAAUCAGAACAUUCACAUGGGGAUCUGAUUCUCGCUACUAGAGCAUCACAAAUAGGAUUGGUUUCACCUUCUUCUUAUCUAGUUGAGAUGGCUAAAAUGGAUAGGUUGUUCAAACUAAGCAUAGAGGAUGCAGUUGGUUUUCUUGAGAAAUUUGCUUCAAUGCAUCCAGAUUCUAGUGGACGGGUCAACAUAGAUAAUUUUCUAGCUGUGUUGGGCAUGCCAAGAACUUCAUUUUCUGAGCAGAUAUUUUGCUUCUUCGAUGUAGAGGCCCAACAUUCAAUUACAUUCACUGAGUUCUUAUAUGGUUCGAUGUCUAUCUUGAAGCAACCAAAAUUUCCUCUUGUAUGUGAGUUCGCAUUUAAAUACUGUGACAUAAAUGGCAAGGGUUUCCUUUCAAAGGAAGAGGUGGAACGAAUAUUGGAACUGGCCUUCCCAUGUAUUUCUCAGAACAAUGUAUAUCAAAUUUUUAAGAUUUUUGAUCUUGAUGGCGAUGAGGCGGUAAGCUGGGAUGAUUUCAAGACAUGUCUGGAGAGGAAUCCUGUGUUUAUUGCAUUGUUUUCUGCGCUGAUUGGUAAAGAUGGCUUUUCCUGUAUGGAAUAGUAAUUUUUGGUUUUGAGAGGGCUUGGUAUAAUGUAUUUCAGAUAGCUAUUUGAGGAAGGUAGUUCUUUGUUGUCGAGAGGGCUUAGCAUAGACCAGUCAAGUUGUGGAGCAUUUAACUAAAAUGAGUGAAUCUAUGAUGUAAGAUACAAUACAAAAGAGAUCAUAUUUGCAAUGAAGAACAUUUUAGAGACUCUAAUUCAUUAUUAUGUCAUGUUUUUAACAUCA